AUGUCCGACCCGAGCUACAAACAACAAAAGGAGGACUUUGUGUCCAACCUGUCCGGCGGCCCCGUCGCCGAGAUUGCCGCCGUCACGGCCGUUGCUCCUGUCGCCAUCCUGCUCUGGUCCGCGCUCCAAGCCCGCCACUCCUUCUUCCAGCCGCCCUCGCUGCUGGGCCACGCCGUCGAUUUCCUCCUCCACGUGGGCGCCUUCCUGCUCGCCACGACGCUGUACGCCGGCACCCCGACGCUGCUGCUGCUGUUCCUGCUCGCGCCCGUCGCGUCCGUGUACAUGAUGCCCCCCGCGGCGGCGGGUCGGCGGCGGCGGAAGACGGCGCUACCGCCGCCCCCGGCUGCCGGUGCUGGUGCUGGUGCCGCCGACGGCGCAGGCAGGUCGUCGUCGUCGUCGUCGUCGUCGUCGUCGUCGCGGCCCGGCGCCGCCGACGCCGCGGCGCUGCUGCCCGUCAAGCCCUUCCUCACCUCGUACCGCGGCGCCAUGAUGGUCAUGACCUGCGCGAGCAUCCUCGCCGUCGACUUCCGCCUCUUCCCGCGGCGCUUCGCCAAGGUCGAGACCUGGGGCACCUCCCUGAUGGACAUGGGCGUCGGGUCCUUCGUCUUCGCCGCCGGCGUGGUGGCCGCGCGCCCCGUCCUCCGCGAGCGCGCGUCCGGCCGCCCCGUGCCGCUGGCCCGCCGGCUCCGGCGCUCGGCCCGCCACUCCGCCCCCCUCCUGCUGCUCGGCCUCGUCCGCCUGCUCAGCGUCAAGGGCCUCGACUACGCCGAGCACGUCACCGAGUACGGCGUCCACUGGAACUUCUUCUUCACCCUCGGCCUCCUGCCGCCCUUUGUCGCCGCCUCGCAGUCCGUCGUCCUGCGCUGCGUGCCCUCCUGCGCCGCGCUCGCCCUCCUCGUCGCCGGCGUCUACCAGGUCCUCCUUGAGAGCACCAGCCUCAAGGCCUACGUGCUCACCGCCCCGCGCCGGGGCCUCGUCUCCAUGAACCGCGAGGGCAUCUUCAGCUUCUUCGGCUACCUGGCCAUCUUCCUCGCCGGCCAGGAUCUCGGCAUGCUCGUCAUGCCGCGCGCCAUCAACCCGCGCACCGGCAACGUCUCGCCCCGCGCCCAGCGCGCCACCCUCCUCAUGACCGUUGCCGUCUGGGCCGCCAUCUGGUCGGCGCUGUACUGCCUCUGCACCUCGUACUCGCUCGGCCUGGCCCUCGACGUGUCCCGCCGCCUGGCCAACCUGCCCUACGUCCUGUGGGUGGCCGCCUUCAACACCGUCCAGAUCCUUGCGUGCUGCGCCAUCGACACCGUCUUCUUCCCUGCCACGUACGCCGCCCUCGAUGCAAAGGCCGAAAGGGAGGCCAACGACGCGGCCACCAGCAGGAUACUGAGGGCGUACAACCGCAACGGCCUGGCCGUCUUCCUCGUCGCCAACCUCCUGACCGGCCUGGUCAACAUGACGGUCAAGACGUUGCAUGCCACGCCGAUCCAGUCCAUGGCUAUCCUGUUGGGGUACAUGGGUGCUGUGACUGGGUUUGCUGUGCUGCUGGAUGAGUUGAACAUUUCUAUUAAAUUGUAA